AUGGAAAUCCAAGAACCACCGCCCACAGGGCGAGGCAAACUCCGCGUCGUUGCCAUCAUGGUAGCACUUUCAUUGUCGAUGUUCAUUGCAGCAUUAGAUCAAACAAUCAUGGCUACAGCAAUCCCGUCUAUAGCGGCGUAUUUCCAUUCCGCAGCCGGAUAUACCUGGAUCGGAGGUGCAUAUCUUCUUGCUAAUGCAGCGAGCGCCUGUAUUUGGGCCAAACUUUCAGAUAUCUGGGGUCGCAAGCCGAUUUUGCUGUUGGCUGUUGGCUGGUUUUUCGUUAGCUCGAUCGUCUGUGCUACGGCUACCAGUAUGGAGGCUUUGAUCAUUGGGAGGUCAUUCCAGGGUGUUGCCGGUGGUGGUUUGCUGCAGCUUGUUACGAUUAUCAUCUCUGAUUUGUUCAGUGUCAGACAUCGCAGUUUGUAUCUUGGCCUUAUGGAGGUUAUGUGGGCUUUUGCUGGUGGAGUUGGCCCAUUGCUUGGAGGUGCGUUCUCGCAAUAUGUGACUUGGAGAUGGACCUUUUGGAUCAAUUUGCCCAUCUGUGGUAUCACGUUCGUUUUGUUGUUCUUCUUUUUGGAUGUGCAUAAUCCCAAGACGAAGAUGAUGGACGGGUUCCGGGCGAUCGAUUGGUUCGGCAGUCUUUCUGUCCUCGGACUCACGCUCAUGCUAUUGCUUGGAUUGGACUUUGGUGGUGAGACAUUCGCCUGGAAGUCUCCGCAGGUGAUAUGCCUGAUUAUCUUUGGGGCUUUGUGUUCAUUGCUGUUCAUUUACAGCGAGAAGAAACUGGCCAAGUACCCAUUGAUGCCUCUGGACAUCUUCGCUCGAUUUUCAAACAUUGCUACUCUUUUGGUGGCUUUUGCACAUGGGUUUGUCUUCAUUGCCGGGGAAUAUUACAUGCCCCUCUAUCUGCAAUCUGUCAAAGGCUCAUCCCCAAUGCGCUCGGGAGUGCUAAUCCUUCCGCUCGUGGUGAUGGAAGCAUUCUCCGGAAUGUUGACUGGAGCAAUCAUCCACCGCACAGGCCGCUAUCUCGAACUCAUCUGGGCCGGCUUUGUUUUGAUGACAGUCGGAAAUGGCCUAUACAUCAACCUCGACGUCGACUCAUCGAUUGGCAAGAUUGUCGGCUACCAAAUUCUCGGCGGUUUGGGCGCCGGCUUCCUCUUCCAAACGCCAAUCAUCGCCAUUCAGGCCAUGGUCUCCCAAGCAGACACCGCCACUGCCACAGCAACCCUUGGCUUCAUUCGUAACAUGGCGACUGCAUUUUCGAUUGUUGUUGGGGGUGUCGUAUUCCAGAACAGCAUGGGUGAAAAGCAGGCUAGCUUACUGGCUUCCGGUAUGUCUGCAAGCAUGGCGGCUCAGAUGUCUGGCGAUUCUGCUGCUGCUAGUAUCGAGUCGAUUAAGAAUAUUACCGACCCCGCGCAGGUGCGUGCGGUGAGGGAGGCCUUUGCUUGGAGUUUGAGGAACAUGUGGAUUCUUUACACGUGCAUGUCUGCUGUUGGAAUUAUUUUCUCGGCUUUCAUUUUGAAGGCUAAGUUGAACAAGGAGCACGUAGAGACCAAGACGGGGUUGAACGUGGAGAAGACGCCUAUUGUUGAGAAUUUGCAGGCCGCAUAA